AUGCCAGUAACAUAUCAAGAAGCUCUUGUAAAGAUUAAUGAUAAUUGGGGAAGAAUAAAGCUAUGGCUAAAAGUAUUGAUGGGGCUUAUUGCUCUCGAUUUUGCAUUACUAGCAUAUAUGUAUGAAAACACAACCACAGUAAGAGCAAACCACAUGUGGACUAUUCUUAACGGACUGUCUGUUUGUAUUAGCAUUUAUGUUAUUUAUUUAUUUCAAGUUCCAACACCAACAGGGUGGUAG